UUUACAACAUAUUUUAUAAAAUUUAUAUCCAUAUACGUAUUUAUUAUUUUAUAUCACUAUGAAUCAGCUUAGCGGAAAGUUUGUGAACGUUGUACUGGCGAUAGAAGAAGGCAAAGGGAUGGAUUUUUUAAAAUACCCAGUCAAUAUAUUGGCAAAUUUUAAUGGAAGAGUUUUAGAGUCUGAUAAAGUAGAACCAGGGGAUUUCCCUGCGUUCAACACUGAAUUGGUAUGGGAAGUGGAGAAAAAAGACCUUCGCAAAAUUAGAACAUCAAAUCAACCACUAAGGGUUGAAUGCGUGACCAUGGACCACUUAACGCGAAAAGAGCGCGUUGGCUUUACCUUGCUAAGCCUAAGAAGUGCCAUGAUUAUACCUUUAAAGGACGUUAAACAACCGGUGCCAUUUCACUGGCAAAAAUUGAUUGGGUGUCAGUUCGACAAAAAGAAUUUCCACCCGGAGUUGUAUGUUUCUUUGACAAUAAGGGACCAUUUACUACCCAAUGGUACUGAAGUUGAAACCACAGAUUUAAUGCCCUAUAUAUCGGAAGAGGAAAAUGAUAGUGUAGACGAAUUAAUAGACAAAUCGUUCGCGGUUAAUUAUUUGGAAGAUGGUUACGUUCAAAUAGGUGAUCCAGCUAUAGCAACAAAACCGUUUACAUUUAACCUAUUGGUAGCCAGAGCUAUGAAUUUGGAUACCCUACUGCCUGAAGUAUUGGUUUUUAGACAGAGCAAAGAAAAAUACUUUAUGUCGUUUAAAAUUUUCGGAAUCACAAUAAAAACAAAACCAUUUUACACGGAAUUACACGAAGAUAUAUACUUGAAUGAAAAAAUUGUUGUUCGAAUUCUAUCAUCGUUGGAUAUUUUAAAGAAUUUUUUUGCCAUACAACCGAUAACCAUUAACUUCUUCUGUGGAAGAGACAAGUUGGGAAUGACAAGCAUCGAUUUAAAAAACUUAAUAACAGAAAAUAAUAUGGAUAUCUCUAUAAUCCCACCGAAAAUACAAAGUUUAUAUUACUUUAAAUUCCCCAGUCCAAAUGGCAUCGUACCGAAAGACGUUAAAAUGAGAAGCCCUUAUAUAGAAAUAGAUACCACUCUAAGAGAAUCUGUUGACUCGUCAAGACAAGUACCAAGAUCCCCAUAUUCGAUGCCGUCGCAACGAAAAGAAGUCAGUUUCUCUGAACAAGGUGGAUCGGGUGAUCAAAAAAUUUCCGGUGCUGAACCUUUAUAUAACUCUUUGGAAAGCAUUCAAACUAAAUCAUUAGAUGUAACACCAAAAAUUUCAUCGAUCAAUGAAAAAGACACUCUGGAAAUAAACAAAAAAUUCGUGCUAGAAGCAUCCAUAAAAUCCAUUACAUGGAAAAUGCACAUCCCAACCACAAAAUUCAUAUUUAAAUUCCUCCACCCAACCACAUCAGUUUUUAUUACUGUGUUUAUAGAGAUGGAUAAUGCACUAGACGAGGAACUUUUCUUGACUAGUUUAACAGUCAAAAUGCCUUACAUAUCAACCGAUAAACACAUAAAACAAUUGCUGCAAAUGUGGAAACCCAAAUUCGCCAUACUAGAUGAAAACGAUCAGGCCAUAUCAAAGACAAACUACUUUAAUACAAAUGUCCAAUACUCUGAAUACGUAACAUCCAUGGUAUUAAUGGAGUCUGCUUAUAGCAAAGAUAUUCUAGCAGAAGUCUGCCUUAGCGUUUCCCUUGAAGAAUACGACCUAGAAGAUAUAGAAGAAUCAGAUUUACUAUUGAAUCCCCCGGUUUUGGACGAAAUGAUUUUUAUUAAGGAGUUGGGCGAUCUACAAAAAUGGAAGAUAGAAGAGCUGGAUAAAUUUGAAGCUGGUCUAGGUGAUAUUAAGAAAAAAGAAUUAAAGAAAUUGGAAGAUGAAUACAAUGAGAAAAAAAAUGAUAUGCAGGAGCAACUCGAACAACAAGUUGAUAAAUGCAGGAAGCUACAAGACGACUUAACCAAAAAAGUUGAAGUAAUGAAGCUAGAGAAGGAUCUUACUAGGAGAAGGAAUGAGAACAAUACCUUUGAAGGGAUUUUUCAGGAAAACUGGAAGAAAUAUUUGACAGCUGAUGCGAAAGAAAUUAUAGAAGAAUUAAGUAGGGCUCAGAGAGACAACAAUUAUCUUAGGGACAUUAUAGAAGAAAAACAAUUUAAACUCACCAAUGUUGAAAAAAAUACUUUGACCAAAGAACAAACAACAAACUUGCUACAAGAACUUAAAGGCUUGGAGCAAAAGUUCGAGGAAGCACAGCAAACAAAGAAAUACUUCAAGGAUCAGUGGAAGAAAGCUUGCGAUGAAAUUCACGAAUUAAGAACGGAGGAUUAUAAACAGCUGCAGAGUUCCAUCGAAAUCAGCAAACAAACUUUAAGCGAACUAAGCCUGGAUAAACUUUUAAACGACGAAUGUUGUACUAAUAACACACUAAACUCAGAUGAAGCUUUGUAGAAUAAUAGUUUUGUUAAUAAAUACCUACUGUUUAGUUGAUUACAAAUUAAUAAAAAAG